AGUACUUGAGCAGCUUUGCGAUCGAACAAAACGCUUAACGGACUGCAAUUUCGCGCCGCCUGCGCCUCGCAGGCCACAUAAAUAAACAAUAAAGCUAAGUUUUCGGGAUAGACCGCCAAUCGAUUGGAUGAGCCAGUGACAUAGAUCCUCCGGAUCAUCAACAUCAAUAACAUCAGGAUGAGCCCCAAGCUGCAUGAGUUCGCGGUGGUGCUGCUGCGCGAUGGUCAGGGCACGCCCUGGGGCAUCCGUUUGGUGGGCGGCAAUGAUCUGGAUACGCCGCUAAUAAUCACCAGGGUGCAAGUGGGCAGCCCAUCGCAUGGGGAACUGCUGCGCGGCGAUAUCAUCUCAAAGAUCGGCGAGUACGAUGCACGCGAUCUGAGUCACGCGGAUGCACAGCAGCUGUUCCGCGGUGCUGGCAACGAGAUCCGGCUGGUGGUGCACAGGGACAACAAAAUCGCCUACACACAGGGCGGCACCCAAGAGGCAGGACCUGGAUCGCGCAGCAACUCCACUUUGCCGCCAGCCACUCCGGAUCUGCUGCCCCACCGUGGCCCCUCGCCCUUUUUGCCAGGACCGAGUCACUUUGAAAGAGCUCUACAGUUGCCAGUGGACACUUUGCCACAGACCGUGUUUCCUCAGUUGAAUUCUUCUGGUGGUUAUGAAGUACCUUCGUCUGUAUUCUCGCCCAAGCCAACAAGGGAUCAUCAACAGGAUGUCGAUGAGGAACAGGCCGCUAUUGUAAAUCAGCCUUACCGAACAACUCCUCUGGUCCUGCCCGGCGCCAAAGUGAAGAAGGAUGCGCCCACGACAGAGUCCUACUUGAGGCACUACCCCAACCCGGCUGUGCGCGCCCAUCCAGGACACGACUACCAUGACAGUAUCAUGAAGCAGCGCGUGGCCGACACCAUGCUGCACAAGGUUGUCGGUUCGGAGGCCGACACUGGCCGCGUCUUCCACAAGCAAUUCAACUCGCCCAUCGGCCUGUACUCCAACAGCAACAUCGAGGACACCAUCAGAUCAACAGUUCCUUUCGCCACAAGCGAAAGCAAUCGCUUGAAGGACAGUCCUUUGCAUCGUCCUUUGCCAACAAAACUUAACGGCUAUAAGAAAACUGUCCAGUACGAUCCCAGGAACAGCGAUACCUACAGAGCCAUUCAAGAGGAGGGCGGCUACAGCAGCUAUGGCCAAUCCUCGCCACAGGAAGUAACCAUUCCUGUGCAGACUAAGGUCUAUCAGCCCAAUAGAUUGGUUCCAGGAAAGAAACCAGUAUCAGCGCCAGUAUCCCGGCCGCCGUACAAUGUGGUAAACACCCACGACGAGAACAUACGCCAGAGCGGCUCUUUCAAUCGUCUCAUGUACAGCGUUAUUGGUGCCACCGAGUACUAGAAACUGCAGCAGCAACAUCAGCGACAGCAGCAACAUCAACAACAGCAACAGCAACAUCUGCUGCCGUUGGCACCGACAGUUGUUUAUCUCCUAACAUAUUUAGCGGAUUUUUAUGAAAUUCUGUUUAACUUACUCAAUAAAUUAUAUGAAGAACGACAAGGAAUUGUGAACCACUAACACAGCUUUAUGAUAAAUUGGUUUGGUAAACACGAUUGGCAUCGAAAUAAACUUACGAUAUUGUCUACAAUUUAAACACAAAUUAACUCUGCCUCUACCUAUUUACUGUCUCCGUAUGCAAUAGAAAAUCUAUAUAAAUUAAUUAAAUAAAAAAGAAAAAGUAAACUAAAUUAGCAGCAAAUUUGAUUUAUAGUUAUGUUUAUGUUAUUCUGAUUCUUAAUUAACCGCCAUCAGGUGGGUUAAUCUUGAGUGAUUCUAGUCAUGGAAUGUAAUAGGUAUAAAGAAUGUUUUAAUUAAUAAAAAGUGACUUUGAUUGGAUAAAAGAA